AGAUUGAUCAUAUCGUUGGUGUCAAAUUAUUUAAUCUAUAAACUUCAGAUCUAAUUUACGUCGACUGCUUAAACCCGUUACUAGGCAGAUGCAUCUUGUCUCUCUACACGUUGGUUGGUUUGUUUACAUAAACGCCAACAAGGUCUGCAAAUCUCCCACAUAACUCACGCCUGCUUCACCUGCUGCCAUGACAAAGACCGUGAUACUUCAAUUCUACCUACGGCUUUGCUUUCUCAACUACUAGAUUACAUUUAUUUUGAAUUCGAUCGCAAUGAAGUUCAAGGCAGCUAAUAUCACAGUGCUUGCUGUCAGCCUUCUGCUUUCGCUUACCUCUAGUAUACAUAUCUUGCCAGAUUCUAAUGGCACCUUGUCGCUUCAAAACAGCUAUGACUAUAUUGUCGUAGGUGCAGGGAUAGGUGGCCUCGUCGUUGCGAAUCGCCUUUCGGAGGAUCCGUCAGUAUCUAUCCUAGUAGUCGAGGCUGGAGAGUUGGAUGAUCGCGCUGAGGAUGUCUCGAUUCCGGGAAACAUCGGCCUCGAAGAUCCACGCCGUUAUAAGGUAAAGCUGGAUCUAGCGUCGCAAGAGUUUCUCGACGGUAAAUCCCGGGUCAUAAGUCAGGGUAAAGUCGUCGGGGGAAGUACCAUCGUCAACGGCCUUGUCUGGACGAGAGGCUCAGCGGCCGACUUCGAUGCUUGGGAGGACCUAGGAAACCCAGGCUGGGGAUGGGCCGAUCUCUUGCCUUACUUCAAAAAGUCGGAGAAGUAUACCCUACCGCCUAACAACAAAUCGACGCACAAUUUCCUCACGGCUCUUAAUCCAGUUAUUAGAAAGCACGGCGAGAAAGGGCCAAUCGAGGUCGGCUAUCCAAACUACUACUACAACCAGUCCCACAACUUCCUCGAUGGCAUACAAGAACUCGGGAUACCCGUCAACGAGGACCCUAAUGGUGGCAGCGCUACAGGGGCUAGCAUUAUUGCAAGCAGUAUGGUAGCAGGUAACCAGUCGCGUUCCGAUGCGCGUAUCGCGUAUCUAGACCCCGUAUUGGACCGCCCAAAUUUGCACCUCGUCACCGGCCAUACUGUUACUCGCGUUCUUCAUGAUAAUGGUGGGGCGACUUUUCUGAAUUCGACUUAUAUCCCUGGAGCAACCGGGCUGAACAUAAUUGGUGUAGAGUUUGCCGCCAACUCAAUUGCCAACAAGAUUAGGGUUAAGUGUGUAAAUGAAGUACUUCUUGCUGCCGGAGCAAUCUUUUCGCCUGUAUUGCUGCACAUCUCUGGCAUUGGACCAGCCAAAGUUCUAGGGAAUUUGGGGGUAGAUGUUGCCGUGGAUCUUCCAGGAGUAGGCAGCAAUCUUCAGGAUCAUCCUACCCUACAGCCUGUCUACAAAUACACUGCCCCGGACGUAUUUUCCGCAUGGGAUAUCGUAGGAAGCACUCGAGAUGUUGUCCGAGAAGAAUAUCUCACCAAUCGUACAGGGCCGUGGACAGCACCGAUGGUGGACGUGGUUGCUUUACCAGCUCUAAGUUGGGUGGUGGAUGACCUUCAAGAGUGGUUGCGUGAGACAACGAACGUUACCAACAACCUGCCGUCUUCGUACGAGGAGACUCUUCGCGCAGGAUACCUUGCGCAGCGAGACGAGAUGAUAUCUCUACUUGCGCGAACCGACACGCCCGUAUACGAGGUUAUGUCGACAUCUUGGGGUCAACUUGCGGUGAGUGCCAUGCGUUCACUAUCCCGGGGGACAGUCCUGGCGAGAUCCUCCUCUAUUUUCGAGAACCAACCUAUUAUCGAUACACGGUUUUGCUCGCAUCCCAUCGACUGCAAACUGCUACUUCUCGGGCUCGAGUUCAACGAUCGCUUAAUCCAAACAUCGCCAAUGGCAAGGCUAAUACCAGUACCUCCACCUGGCUUUGGCGUCGUUGACGCUCGAAACCAGACAGCGCUAGACGAGGUAAUGCGGCCGAUGAUCACGUCCGGAUACCACCUAAGCGGUACGACGUCUAUGUUACCACUCAGCUUGGGUGGGGUUGUAGACCCAUCACUCAGAGUAUACGGUACGAGGAACCUGAGAGUCGUAGAUGCGGGGGUUAUCCCAUUGCUGCCUGCUGCACAUAUACAAGCAGCAUUAUACGCCAUUGCUGAAAAGGUAUGCCCUUCUGUACCUCUCCGAGAUGAAUUCGUAAUUAGAUAACCGUCAAGGAGAUCAUAAUGCUGAUAACAAUGGGAACAUAGGCCGCGGAUAUUAUCAAAUCUGAAAGCUCAGGGGCGCUUCCAAGUACAAACCAGGGGUCUGCGGUUUCGGGGUCCCGAUGAUUCAUGAAUGAGAUAUCUCAAAGCCUCGUCAAAGGCCGAGAUAUUCUUCCCUGCCAAUACCAGAUCUUUCUAUGAGCAAUAAUUUGCUUAA